AUGGUACAACUCGAGGCGUUCUAUUUUGCAAAUGUUCUUUUGUACAUACGUGGGAUGAGCACAUUCCAAAAGUUGCUUUUAGUCUCUCGAAAUAUUCGAACAUCGUUUGAUAUGUUAAGAAUCAACCCACAAAACUUUUCAAGUGGGAUCGGCUUCAUGAAAAGGAUAUUUCCAAAGCUCAACACGCUGAAAGAGAUUCCAUCUGUUUGUAAGAAGUAUGUUGAAAGUGGAGAGACACAAAUAACAUAUUUUGACCUGUCACAAAGUGUGUGUGAUCUUUCAAACAAAGUAUUUGAAGAGCAGAAAUUCUGUGACUCCGUUGUUUCUCUCAGAAUCAAUAACUAUGAUAUCGACAAAGUCGGGAAAUUUUUUAAUUUGAGAAA